AUGAGGCUCUUGCUCCUUCCGAUUCUCUGCCUAUUACUUGGUGUUGUAACAUCGGAGCUUCAGACGUUUCAGGCGGGCGUUGCUCUCAUCGGCCGCUAUGUUAUCAACAAAACGCCGUCGGCCAACCCGGUGCAGUUCAUCAAAAGCUUUAUGGAGCCGCUGAUUCAAGCAGCGCAAUGGCCAGCUGAAAACGGGAUAGCUCCGCUGGAAGUGAUGUUUGGAAUUAGCGGAAAUAUGAGCAUGAGAAUAAGUGAAGAAACCAAGAAACGCCUCGAGGAACACCUCAAACACAGCAAAACCACCUAUGCCAAGUUCCUAAAAGACAGCGCAGCACUUUUGGAAAGAGAAAAUGACCUAAAGGAGUCGCUCCAGAAUCAAUUACACUUGAAGCUGGUUACGCAAAUAGCGGCCGCGCAGAAGGUGGUCAGCGAAUAUCUGGAGGAGCCUUCGGAUAUCAACAAGGCGAAAUUGAUAAGAAAAUUUGAAGAGCCAGCAAUGAGCCAAUGUGGAGAGGAAUUCACCAAAUCCGCCGAGCUGGUGAUGGCCCAAUUUUUCGCGGAUCAACUCCAGGCUAAAGCGUAUAAAUAUGAAGACUUUGAGAAGAUUUUUCAAAUCGUAUGGCGCUCGAGGAUGGAAUUGAGCUCGAUGGCGAUUCUCUAUCAUACCGUAAAAUCGAAUGGAGACGGGCGGGUUGUUGGGAAUUUUCUGAAGGACGAGCAAAAGCAGAUCCAGUCGUUGAAAGCGUUAGAAAAACAGAAAAAGCUGGUCGACUGUCCGUCACUGAGUUUUUGCGGAAAAUUGGUCUACGAGGGCGGUGUCGAGUGGGGUUGCAUCGGAAAGGAGGCUUAUUGUGUGGAUUCCAAAUCACAGCUACUAACGAUGUCACAUGACGGGCGGGAGGUGCUGUAUACCAAGACGAAAUCGCAUAGUGGGGAUGAGCACAAGAUUGAAUGUAUGACCGAUUUUUGUGCAAAGAGCAUAUUGGCGAACAGCAUGGAAAAUAUUGCGGCCUGGGAUUGUGCG